GCCCUAGGGAGGCUGCUUGGCGCGGCCUCGGGCCUCCUCGAAAAGGAUGCUGUCCCGAAAGAAAACCAAAAACGAAGUGUCCAAGCCGGCCGAGGUGCAGGGGAAGUACGUGAAGAAGGAGACGUCGCCUCUGCUGCGGAAUCUCAUGCCUUCAUUCAUCCGGCAUGGUCCAACAAUUCCAAGACGAAUUGAUAUCUGUCUUCCAGAUUCAAGCUCUAAUGCUUUUUCAGCUUCUGGAGAUGGAGUAGUUUCAAGAAACCAGAGUUUUCUUAGAACUCCAAUUCAAAGAACACCUCAUGAAAUAAUGAGAAGAGAAAGCAACAGAUUAUCUGCACCUUCUUAUCUUGCCAGGAGUUUAGCAGAUGUACCUAGGGAGUAUGGCUCAUCUCAGUCAUUUUUGACAGAAGUUAAUUUUACUGUUGAAAAUGGAGACUCUGGUUCCCGAUAUUAUUACUCCGAUAAUUUUUUUGAUGGUCAGAGAAGGCGUCCACUUGGAGAUCGUGCACAUGAAGACUACAGAUAUUAUGAGUACAAUCAUGAUCUCUUCCAAAGAAUGCCACAGAAUCAGGGGAGGCAUGCUUCAGGUAUUGGGAGAGUUGCUGCUACAUCUUUAGGAAAUUUAACUAACCAUGGGUCUGAAGAUUUACCCCUUCCUCCUGGCUGGUCUGUGGACUGGACAAUGAGAGGGAGAAAAUAUUAUAUCGAUCAUAAUACAAACACAACUCAUUGGAGCCAUCCUCUUGAACGAGAAGGACUUCCUCCUGGAUGGGAACGAGUUGAGUCAUCAGAAUUUGGAACUUAUUAUGUAGAUCACACAAAUAAAAAGGCUCAGUACAGACAUCCUUGUGCUCCUAGUGUACCUCGGUAUGAUCAACCCCCUCCUGUCACUUACCAGCCACAGCAAACUGAAAGAAAUCAGUCUCUUCUGGUACCUGCAAAUCCUUAUCAUACUGCAGAAAUUCCUGACUGGCUUCAGGUUUAUGCACGAGCCCCUGUGAAAUAUGACCACAUUCUGAAAUGGGAACUCUUCCAGCUGGCUGACCUGGAUACAUACCAGGGAAUGCUAAAGUUGCUCUUCAUGAAAGAACUGGAACAGAUUGUUAAAAUGUAUGAAGCUUAUAGACAGGCUCUUCUCACUGAGCUUGAAAACCGCAAGCAGAGACAGCAGUGGUAUGCCCAGCAACAUGGCAAGAAUUUUUAAGUUAACCUUUUAAGAAUAAAAUUUAAUUUUUAUAAGGGCUUUAAAAUAUUUUCACAGUUGAAAAAACUGCAAACAAAUACUUCGGUUAAUAAAGGCAGCUUACUUUUGGGAAGUUCUAAUUUUACAUAUAUUUUGUUAUUAGAAAUUUUCUUUUAUUGAACAAAAGAAAUGAAUUUAUUAUUUUAAGAGUCAACAUGAUAUGCUUUCAAAUAUUGCAUAUUAGGAAAUUGCUUUGAAUAAUCUUGAUGGAGAAAUAUGCAGAAAAAAAUGUUACCAUCGGAUAUUUAAAAGGAAAUGAUCACUUGGUAACUCCUUAUAGCAGCAGUAUCUUUCUUUAAGAAAGAGAAACUAUGCAGUAUUUUAAAAAGAUGUUUAUUGCUUUAGUGUGGAAUGUUGUCCGAGUUGGAUGAUUUAAAUUUUACCAUGGUAUAGUUCAAAAUAUAAAAUAAGAUUUGGAAUCUUUAUUGUGAUAAAUUCUGUAUAUGGCCCCCCCACACAUACACAGCUAAAUGUAAGGAACCCUUUUGAAGCAUGUUGAGAAAAAUCUUUUCAGGAAUAAAUUUAAGCAAGAAGCUUUAGCCUGUGUGGGGAAGGUAUGUGCAUCCCUCAAAAGUUGCUACUUGGUUUCAUCCAGAGCUCUUAAUUGGAUUUAGCAUGGCUCUGAUGAGACAGUGUAGGGUUCCAAACGGCAUAGUGCACUGCCUUCUGACAGACUGGGUUAAGCUGCCAAAAAUGACAAUCAGGGAUUCAAUAAGAAAUCUUAGUCAUUAAACCAAUUUUAUAUUACCUUUUUUAUCUUCUAAGUGUUUGUUACAAAACUUUAUAUAUUUCCCUCCCAUUUUCCUCCUGGUUUAAUAGUUAAGACAUUGUUCAUAAUUAGCACAGUAAUUUGAUUAUAGACAAAUUUAUGAUACUUCUAGCCUGUAAAUCUCUAGAAUUCUGUGAAUUUCAUAGCUCUUUAGAUACCUGUAUUGUAAAUAUGUAAAUAUAUUUUUAGUUUAGAUAGUCUUCCAAAAUACAAGCACUCCUAGUUAGAUAUCAGUUUGAGUUAUUGAUAAAAUGUUAAGUGUUUGAUUUUAUAUAACAAGCUUAUUAAAUAUAUUUUUGUGGAAACUAAA